AUGAAAAGGCUGGCACCUGACCCUAGCAUCAGUACAAGUGAUUUGAUGGGGCCCUUCGAGACCAUGUUCAAGCAAAUGGGCUGCUGGGAUCUGCUUUCCUUGGUUGAGCCACCCAAGAAUGGGAAAGUCACCUGGAAAUCUGCAGCUGAUCCUUUUGGCCAAAGGCAUGUGAGCCAGCUGUUCCACAGGCUCUUCAAAGUUGCCAGAAAUGGCGUCUUGGCAAGCAGCAAGGUGAAGCUUGCCCUUGUGAAGCUGCAGCACCAGAAGCAGAGCAUGAACUUCAGCAAGCUGAUGGAUGAUGAUUGGCAAGACAAGGCCGAUGAUGAUGGUGCGACUCGAAGCCAGCCUGUGGCUGCUCCUAUGGAGAAGGGGCUUCUUGCCAGGCUCAGUGGCAGGGGCGACAGCACCCUUGGGGAGCCCUUUGUGGAUGAGGCUGGCGAUGUGUGCGAGUUGGUGGUGGAGGAGGAAGCUGCCCAGUGCUUGGACGAGAUGGCAGUGCUCUUGCAAGCUCCUGUGACCCCAAAAGGAAGCCAUCCACAGCUCUAUGUGGUCCAAGUUGAUGCCUGGACAGGCUAUGAGCGAUGGUUUACCAUUGAGAGGUUAGGAUUAUUGGAAGCUAAUGGGUGCAGCUGUAAGCUUAGAUCCUCCAACAGCAAUACUUGCUCAAGCAAGAGCAAAAUACCAUACAGUGCCAUGCCUCAGCCAAGAAAGAAGCCAGCGCAAAGUGCAGAAACAGGGCAUUUGGCCUUGGAGGAUGAUGAAAAGGUGGUUGCCUCUGAGGAAAAGGAAGAAGGAGAUGAGAAGGUGACCAAGGAGGCAAAGGGCAAGAAGAAGGAAAAGGAAGAGAAGUCGACCAAGGAGAAACGUGACAAGAAGAAGGCAAAGGAAGAGAAAUUGACCAAAGAGAAAAAUGACAAGAGAAAAAUUCAAGCCUGGCAAAGAUGGGACCCUGGAGACUCCAUUCCAAAUUUUGUCAUGGAGCUUCACAGCACUUUCUUCAGGUAUCCUGCAGGUUCCAUUGCGUGGCAAAGGGCCAACACCCCAUUGGCUUCUGGAUACCAUGCCAAAUUCAUUGGUGUGAAGGGCGAUUUGGACUUCUUUGCAGGAACAGACCAAUACCAACUGGCUGGAGUAUUGGUUGUGCUCACACACUAUGUGCUGCCUGGCAAUGUCGAAGACAACACCAAGCAGCUGUGGGCAGAACUGAAAGCUCUGUGCAAAGAGCUGAAUAUCAAGGAUUGCUAUUUUCAAAUGAAGCCUAGCGUGUUUCUCAGAAAGAAGCAUGGUGGCAAGAUGAGGGGCAAGGCAGCUCAAAUCAAGGCCCUUGCCAGGCCAUUGACAGUGUUGUUUGAAAGGCGCAUGAACCCAGCUUCAGAAGUUCACAGAAAAAUCCUGUCCAUGCUCAAAGCAAACUGCAAAAUGGAAAGGCUCAUGGCAGAAUCUGCCACUGACCUGGCUUUCACUCCAAAUGAUGCAAAGGCAUUUCACCAGGCAUGCUGCCAAAUGGCACAUUUGAAUUUGCAUGUGUGGCGACAUUUUGCACAAGAAGAUGUGCCCCCAAUUUUCCAAGUGACAUCUAAGAUGCACAUGCUGCAGCACCUCACUGAGAAUAGUGGGGCCCUGAACCCCAGGAUGACCUGGUGCUUUUCUCAAGAAGAUUUCACGGGGGCGGUCCGGCACAUGGCACAAGAUUGUGCAGCUGGAACACCACCUUUGAUGGCUGGAGCUAAGCUCAUGGACCACUGGCUGAUAGCUUUUGAAUUGCUGCAAUGA